AUCAGACAACAAAAAGAAAUAAAAGGUAUUCAAAUUGGCAAAGAAGAAGUCAAGUCCUAAGAUCUUUGGGGUGACAUGCAAAGGUCCUGAGAUCAGAAAGAAUUUGGGGAACUGAGCAAAGAUGUGAAUGAGUGUCUGGAUACCACCAUGUGCCCAGCUUACGCAACCUGCACCAACACUUUGGAUAGUUACUACUGCACUUGCAAACGAGGCUUUCUGUCCAGCAACGGACUGACGCAGUUCAGGGGCCAAGGAGUGACAUGCGAAGAUAUAGAUGAAUGUUCUCAAAGCUCCCCACCAUGUGGUCCUAACUCAGUCUGCAGAAACCUUCUGGGGAGAUACAAGUGCAGCUGUUUCCCUGGUUUCUUUUCUCCCACCGGAAAUGACUGGGUCAUGGGAAAUCCGGGUCGUUUCUCCUGCACAGACAUCAAUGAAUGCCUCUCCAGUGGUGUCUGCCCAGAGCAUGCUGAGUGUAUCAACUCCUUGGGAAGCUACAGUUGCAGCUGCCGGGUUGGAUUCAUCUCUCACAACUCCAUCUGUGAAGAUGUGGAUGAAUGUGCUGAUCCCAGAAUUUGCCCAGAGCAUGCAACUUGCCACAACAGUCCUGGAAGCUACUCUUGUGUCUGCAACCUAGGAUUUGAAUCUAGCAGUGGAAACGUGAACAUCCAGGGCCCAGGAGAAACAUGUGAAGAUGUGGACGAAUGUGACAAGAACUCAGCUCUUUGUGGCCUCAGCUCCAUCUGUAUCAACAUCUUGGGAAAAUACAAUUGCUCCUGCCUGCCUGGGUUCUUUUCACCUGCUGUUUGGACCCCUGAGAAACCAGAUGAUUUCAGAUGUAUAGGUAAUGCUCCCAGGCAUGCUGAGCACUUUCGAUGGGUGUCAAACCACCCUGAAACAUAGUGGCUUAUGAACAAUGCUUUGUGCUUGCUCAUGAUUCUGUAGGUUGACCGAAUGAUUUUUCUGGGUCACUAGGAUGGCUGCCAGGUCCAAAAUGGCCUCGCUUACGUAGCUAGUAGUUGGUGCUGGCGUCUGGCUGGGAGCUCAGCUGGGCCCCUCAGUUUCCCUCAUGGGCCCAUCCUCAUGGAUUCUUGGGCUUCCUCAGAGCAUGGCAGCUGGUUUCCAGUAAGGGAAGUUGCAAAGGGAAGGAAGCAGAAACUGCUGGUUCCUGUAAGACCUGGGCUUGGAAGUCCCAGAACGUUACUUCUGCCACAUUCUCCUGGCCAAAGUCAUGGGGCCAGCCUAGAUGCCAAGGAAGGGGAAAUUAACUCCCCAUCUCAUUGGGGGACAACAAAUGCACACAGGAAGUGGAGGGAGGAAUUGAUGGCAGCCGUCUUUGGAGGAUCUACUCUACUGCAGAACAUGUCUUAUGUUCUU